CCCUGCCUCUGUAUGCACAUAACGACAUAGGUGGAAUUUUGUCAGGGCACGUUCAGGCAUCAGCAUGUUGACUUCCAAAAGACAAAAGAUGAAAUAGAAGAAAAUCAAUUCUACAUUUUCACACACUCCGCCACAAAGCUCGAAUGAAGCACCAUGUCUUCGACAACUCUGCCCCAGUCAGAGCAAGGGAGUGAAUUGCCGACGAAACAGCCCCUCGACAUAGCCGACCUCUUCCGCGAGCUGCAAGAAACGAACCGGCUAUUGAGGGAGAUAGUAUCGCAAAAGGCAGCCGACCAGGACCCAUUCACCGACGAAUCACUAUCGCCGCGCACGACUGAUGAAGGGACGAAAGGGUCACCUCCUGGCUCACCGCUCGAGCCGGCUGUUGUGAACACGAGCACAAUUCAGCUUGUCGAGGACCUCGCCCGUAGGGUAUUCGAUUCGGAUCAUCUAGAACAUCUGGACUGGUUUCGCGAUCUCACUCUUUCACGUAUUUCAAUAGUCAAAGAAUCGUCACAUGGCUCGCCCGAUAUCCAGUCGCCGUAUCAGGUCCGACUCUUGGCCAACUUGACCGACUCUCUCGGCCGAAGAGCGAAACUUGACGGGCAACCGCUGGAGCUAUGCUGGGACUGGAGAACUGGUUCAAGAAUGCCGAGAGUGCCGCUGACCGAUGGAGAAGUUGAGAACCUCCGCCGCCAAUGGCUCGUCCGGUUCGAUCUCGACCGCUCAACCGAGCGCGUCUCAAGGCAAUCUGGAUGGAUUCUCGGGAGGGAACCCCGUCGCAAUGGCAUUCUGUGUGCCUGUCCCCUUGUUUACGGCCCCGGUCACGCGCUCACGUCGGCAAACUCGAUUCUCGAUGAGUGCCACAAGGCCAAGGCUCUCGUGAGCAAGAUGGCAUACCCCGAACUCGUCAGUCCUGGAGCGCUCUGGCACUUCACUACGCCUAUAUGGGCCAACGGAACUCUUCCUCUCAGCCGCCUCGCACUAAUCGCUGCUGUGUGUCUGGUGAACCCGGAGGAGGAACACGAGACGGUGCACCAAUUCUUGCACGAGUUUUGUGCUCCUUGGAAGCCUCUACGCCUUCGUGGUAUGGGCCGUGAGUUCGGCGGCUGGACUGGCAGCAGCGAGAUAUCUUACCAGCACACUAUCCGCUGCUUCUCCAACGUCACCGUUACCGACCAGUCCGACUUCACACCUUAUGUCCGUUGUCAUCGCGAGUCCGGCGAGUUCCCAGCUCUUCCGGGAGCGCCAACCACUUCGUUUACAGAACGCCGCAUGUCCGUACUGUGCCGCUGGUCCGAGUUCAACGACGAGCUGUCCUUCACCAUUGUGCUCCUCGGAGACUUUCAAUCCGUGAAGCAGGAGGCUCAGGGGUCCAAUGACUUGUUUACCGACUGGAAGGACCGCCACUUUACUGCACAAGGCAAAAAUGCCGGCUACCACAUGCUCCAAUCCGCCGUACACCGCACGCUGAUAUCCUGGGAAAAGGAGUGGUCUCAAUGCCUGGAUGUGUUGGGGGACACGGUUAACACGAAUCUUCACGAUAUCCUAAGCGACGAGACCAGUAAUCGCCUCAUGUUCGACACAUCCUACGCCCGGUCCCGCGUCUACUUCAAGACCCUGGAGAUGCUCCGUAUCUUUGGCGAUACAAUCCGGGAGACCGGUCGAGACUUGCAAGAAAUGGAUCCUGAGCGCCUUCUCCAGGGCAGCUUUCUGCGCGCUGGCUGGGAUGCUCGGUACUUCCUCAGGGACGAUCCGGCCACAGAUAAGGCGCUGUGGAAAAACUGGCGGAUCUUGUCCGAAUUUCAAAAGGGGGCAGAGGAACGUUUAAUGCGGCGUAUUACGGAGAAGACCGAGGAAAUAAAAAGCUUGAGAGACGGGCUUUUCAACGCGACUUCGCUCCGCGAGGCAGCCAGAUCGACGACCAUGAACCGCUAUGUCAUCGUCUUUACAGUCGUCACCGUUCUCUAUCUACCUCCGAGCCUAACAUCGUCACUCUUCGGCACGCCGCUCUUCGACGGGGAAGACCAGGCCGAGACAGUAGGGCGUUUCAGGACAUCGACCAUCAUCGUCUGCGUCAUCACAUACGUGAUCGCCUUCCUGCUCCUCUGGCUCGCGGACAAGUGGGAAACCGCCGGGUCGCUAUACCACGAAGCCCGCGAGUUUGCCGCCUCGACAUGGAGCCGACUCAAAGGCGACGGGGAAGACGAGGAUACCAACCACGCCCACGCCCUCAGGAACACCAUCAGCAACAAGCCACCCCUCACACCAGCACCCACCACCGACCGAAUAAUGAGCGUGUAACAUCAACAAACUACCUACCUACCUACCCUGGCUAGGUAGGUAGCCAACCAGCCAUCCUGCAACCCCCAACUCCCCAUCCAGGGCUACCACACCACAAAAUACAGCCAUAACUACCUCCCUUACCUUAGGUACCUAGGUAGGUACCCAAUCAACAACCCUCCCCACCCCCCACCCACACCGCAGCCUCAUACCCGUCCAUCCACUCGACAAACUCCCCGCCCGCGCCC